GAAUGACCCACAAUGACAUCAUUGGCACCAGCUACCUCUGCAUGUCCAAAAUCUCCGCUCCGGGAGGAGAACUGGAAGAUGAGUUUCCCGUCACCACAAAACUCUUCAAAGCAACAGAGAUUGACGAUGGACUUGGCUUCCUGCCCACCUUUGGGCCAUGCUACGUCAACCUCUACGGGAGUCCGAGGGAGUUCACCGGAUUUCCUGACCCUUAUGAAGAGCUCAACAGUGGCAAGGGAGAAGGAGUGGCUUAUCGUGGCAGACUGCUGGUGGAACUGGAGACCAAGCUGGUAGACCACGUUGAACAGAAGUUGGGGGACAUCCCUGCGGAUGACAUCCUGAGAGUGGAGAAAUACCUGCGUCGGCGGAAGUACAACCUUUUCGCCGCCUUCUACUCGGCCACCAUGCUGCAGGGCGUGGGUGACGCCAUCCAGUUUGAGGUCAGCAUCGGCAACUAUGGAAACAAAUUUGACAACACCUGCCAGCCGCUGGCAUCCACCACGCAGUUCAGCCGGGCGGUCUUUGAUGGCUGUCAGUAUUACUACCUUCCCUGGGGCAACGUGAAACCAGUGGUGGUUCUCUCCUCCUACUGGGAAGACAGCAGCCACAGGAUGGAUGCCCAGAAUCUCCUCGACAGGGCUGCAGACCGGCUGGCUGCCAACUUGGAGGUGGUCCACCUGGCCCACAAAGCCCAGCGUUCUGCCAGCACCUUGGACACCCUGGUGGCUCAGAUGCUGGAUGAGCUCAUGACGGACUGCAG